AUGAUGGCCACAGUCACUCAACAGCAGCACACGUCGUCAGACUCUUACGAACUUGCCGAAGCACCGAAGCAACCCCGCAGCGGACACAUUUUAGGAUCCGUUGACCCUACAGACACUGAUCAGAGCGAUAAAAUUGACAAUGCCACACUCUUAAAGCUAAUAGCCUCAGGCUUCGCCUUCUUCAUCUCUGGAGUCAAUGAUGGUAGUGUCGGUCCUCUCCUUCCCUACAUGAUCCGCGACUAUAGCAUCACCACAGCAGUCGUUUCUAUUAUCUACGGAGCAAAUUUUCUCGGCUGGUUCCUCGCUGCCCUUACCAACACUCAUCUCCGACAAAAGUUUGACCUCGGCGGACUGCUCGCUUUCGGCGCCUUCUUCCAAGUCUUGGCCCAUGCGCUCCGGGCAUGGCGACCUCCGUUCCCAUUCUUUGCCGUCACGUUUUGGCUCGUAUGCCUCGGACAGGCAUACCAAGAUGCAGGUGCAAAUGCAUAUGUAGCCAGCGCCAAGGCCGCACAUCGAUGGCUGGCCUUUAUCCAUGCAUUGUACAUGGCAGGAUGUCUAGUUGCCCCAUUUGUCGCGACUCCAAUUGCAUCGGCUGGGGAGACCUCUCGAUGGUAUCUCUUCUACAUUUUCCCGCUCGCCAUUGGUGUUCUCAACUUUGCCUUGACCUGCUACGCCUUCCGAGACACUAUCAAAUUUGGACGUAAAAAGAACAGGGCGACUGAGCCAGAAGCAGGGACUGACGAAGAGGAGAAGAAGAGCGCAUCCCAACUAAUGAAGACUGCUUUACGAUCCAAAUCUCUUUGGAUGGUCAGUAUCUUCUUUUUCUUCCUACUUGGGGCGACUAUUACAGCAAGUGGAUGGAUUGUCGAAUAUCUUGUUGAGAUUCGUGGUGGUAAUCUCGGCGCUAUGGGUUAUGUCCCGGCGGGCUUUAAUGGAGGAGCCAUGCUUGGUCGCCUUCUUUUGGCUGAACCUACCUAUCGUCUAGGUGAAAGGAGAAUGAUCUUGCUUUAUGUGGUGCUCUGCAUCGCCUUUCAGUUGGUGUUCUGGUUGGUGCCAAACAUCAUCGCUGCUUCAGUGGCCAUCAGUUUCUUUGGAUUCUUCUCUGGUCCUCUGUUCGCCACGGGUAUAUCUGUUGGAUCCAAACUCUUCUCACCAGAGGUGCAACCAACAGCCCUCUCAUUCGUGUUUGUGAUCGGGCAGAUUGGUGGAUCUUUGUUUCCCGUCAUUACGGGAGUAAUCGCAUCUCGCAUAGGCGUCAGUGUGCUGCAGCCUAUUCUGAUAGCCCUGAUUGCAGGUACAGGUAUCAGUUGGAUGCUGAUACCGAAGCCUAAAGAAUCGUCAAACACCGCCUUGCAUCAGGAGUAG